ACUUUAUUACUUUAUGCCUCGCGGCUGCCAGGUUCCCUUCAGCUGAGUGACGGAGGGGAGGUGUUGAAACUCUACAGCGAAGUGGAGGCGAAUUGCCUGGACUGCCUGAUGCGAGACCCGCUGAGACCCUUCGUCCCCCAGUACCACGGCUUGGUCACCAAGGGGGAGCUCUGCUACAUCCGCCUGGAGGACCUGCUGAGCGGCCUGAGGAAACCCGUCAUCAUGGACUGCAAGAUGGGAGUCAGGACAUACCAGGAGGAGGAGCUGGUCAAAGCCCGGACCAACGCCACGCUGCGGAGUGAUAUGUACCAGAAGAUGGUGAAAAUAGACCCGUCCGCUCCGUCAGCCGAGGAACAUGAACAGGGAGGCGUGACCAAGUCCCGGUACCUUCAGUGGAAGGACACGACCAGCUCCACGGCCACACUGGGCUUCAGGAUCGAAGGCAUCAUGACGGAGGAUGGCAGUGUGCAACGGGACUUUAGGAAAAUUAUGACUUUGGCUCAGGUCACGGAGGCCCUGCUCUUCUUCACCAGGAGACAGCGGGAGAUCCUGGAGGCCUACCACUCCAGACUGCUGGCUCUGAGCGAUGCACUGAAGAAUUCAUUGUUUUUCAGAACUCAUGAGGUGAUUGGCAGCUCGCUCCUCUUCGUCCACGACCACAGCAGCAGGGCCAACGUGUGGAUGAUAGACUUCGCCAAGACGACGCCGGUGUCUGACGCGAGCCGGCUCAGGCACAACGUCCCGUGGGCUGAGGGGAGCAGAGAGGACGGCUACCUCAUCGGCCUGACCUCCCUCAUCACUUCUCUGAGUCAGGCCAUCAGCGUGGCCUCCUGGCAGCAGGAGCACAGCUGUCGGGAGGACAACAGCGUUGUAUGAAACACCCAAAUAUACACAACACUCAAAUCCAGGGUCACGUGGACAAAACCGGUGAUGGGAGACUUUGGACUUUUGACUGACUCGUUCAGUAGAAGAGGAGGAUUUCUUUUGACAGGAAUCUGUCUUUGUGUGCUGAGAAAGAGGAGCGAUAGCGGUAUGAAUCAGUUCAAGUCUGCAGGAAACUGACUGAUGUCUUGCAUUUGUACAUCUGGUAUGUACAUUCACUAACAGUGCGUAUUUCACAGAGGACCAAAAACUAAAUUUCCGUCAGCUGGUCUGUAAAAUCUCAGGGAUCUUGUCACUCGUUGCAAAACUGGUUAUUUGUUUACAGCAACAAAGGGAACCCUCUCUGGCUUAACAGAGUCAUGGUUUAUAAAUGAUACCAAACAUGCACGCAUAUAGAUCGACGACCAAGCUGAGUGAAAAGAACAAUGAUCGCUUCUGUCCUCUCCUUCUCUAGAAAUACACGUAACUAAUACCCAGAAACCGUCCAACUACUACGCCAACUUUAAAUCUGUCCCAAUAAAUCGUCCCGUUGUGAA